AUGGAUGACUUGCAUACUUCCGUGAAGCAUCCAGACAACGUCUUCGCUCUUCAAGAAGAGGUUCCGCCUCCUGAUUACUACGAGAAACAGGGCCUAAUGCUACAAAAGCACUUUGAUUCUCAAAUACCAGACGGCCAUCUUCUAACAGCCCAGUGUGAUAAUCCGAACGGCAAUCUACUCCCAGUACACAACAAUGAAAAGCGACGGUGUACUUUCGUUGACUUCCUGCACUACCGCAAAUUGAGUAUUCUGUACGGAUUCUGUCUGGCAAUGAUUAUAUCAGUGAUCGGAAUAUCAAUCUUUCUCGUGGUCACACACCAUAGCCUCCUCACCAGAUAUCAGAAUCCGGAUUUGGCUCCGCGCGACGGCAAUUCUCAACAUGGCUUUCACUCUGUCAUCGGUACCUACAGCCCCUCGAACCCGGCAAAGAUAAAGCGUGAGAACCCUACGACAGCAACCGAGCAAGAACCCUUCGAAUCACAUAUAGAACAAUUAGAUCAGAUAAUAGAAGUAGUCGGGUCGCAAUUCGAUCAGAUUGUGGAGAAUAUCCCACAAAAAGAUUGGCCGAAGCUGGAGGAAUAUCUCGUUGCAGCUAGGGACGUUCUGAAGCUCUUCAUACGUGACAAUUUCUUUUCUGAAGGCUGGUCAUUCACCGAAGAGAAUGUCACAGAGGUUGCGAAGAAACUUGAAUCUCGCCUCCGCCAAUCGAUUGAUCUGCCACCGCUUCUAAAGAUGGCAAGAAGGGAACUACCAAAACAAAAGGCCGAAUCCGCUAUUUCCAGGAAAUCUUUUUCUAAGGUGUCCGAAGCAUUGCCACCUGCGUUCGACGAGUCUUGCAAGUUGGCCAAACACUCGCGGUUUCCGGUGGAUAGUGAUCUUCUUAGAUCGAUUGGCUUUCAGAUUGGAGUUUACCCACAAAGGGAGCAAGAGCUUUUGGUCACAACAGCUUCACAAACUGUUGUCAAUCUCCUUAACAGCCGCCAAACUCGAUUUUGUUCUACCGACGACUUGGAACAUUUCGCUUCUAAAGUAGCUUCCAAAAUCCGAGAGUCUAUCACGAGGAAGCGGUGCCGCAACGAGCCUAAAGACUCAGCCAAAAUGGAGCUAGCAAUUUUCAGACUCAGGGUUACCGCUGUGAUGUUCCACCACUACUACCAGAUGGAAACAUUACAAAGCUACACGAAAGUCUUUGUCGAUGCAUUUCCAGUAUUGACUCAACAACACCCUGCGCCGGAGGUGGCUGAUUGCCUUCUUCAAGGUAUAUUAGAACUCGUUAAACUAUCGCAGGUCACUACCUUCAGACAAUACCAAAAGAGCUUGGACGACAUGUUUUCCUCGCUGGCGUUUGCUACAAAAUGGCCCAAGGAAGAGUCUACUCAUGUGUUCUCUCAGCCUGCCUUGGUCUUGAGCACAUUCUUCAGUUCGUCUGAGAGUGAACGAGUCCAGCGCGUUGAAGAUUUAGCGAGGGAGCAACUUCAGCAAAGGGGCCGGACGGGUUUCGAGACCACUCAGGAGCUUUCAGGUUGGGUGGAGUAUUCUUCAAGGGUAUUAGAUGACCUCGAACGCUAUUUCACCCAGUUCUUUCAUUCGGUGAACGAAAUUCAAAAAGAGCACUCAAUACAUUCCGAGAAAUCAGACGCCGCCAAGGUCGUCAAUUUGCGAAAGCGUCAAGACCAGACAGACCAAACCGACGAAGCAGACGAGACAGACGAGGGAGAUGAGACAGAUCAGACCGCCCAGACAGAUGAGAGAAUCCAGACAAUCCAGACACCCCCGACGGAUCAGACAGACAAAACGGAUCAAGCAGAUCAGACGGACCAGACAGGACAAACUGUUGCCCCAGAAGCACCCCCAGAAGCACCCCCAGAAGCACACAUUAACGGCAUACUUGUAGACGGGAUCGACACUCCCACUGCAAGCCUAAGGAAGCCGAAAGUUUGGUGGUCGACUACGGGCAUUAUUAUCAUGGCUCUUGUUCUUUCCUUGGUCAUCUUUGUUAUCUUUUGGGUUUACAUCAUGAAGUGCUGUUUUCGACCCUCAGAAAUCCGGAAAACUGCCGGAGCGCAAGAAUACCGUGUAUGUAGGAACUGUUCAAGGCCGUGCAACUAUUCUUCGAGAACCUGCAGCGGCUGUAAGCAGCCUACCACCAAGCCCAAGUUCAGCGACAACUGGGUAUGGCGUUGGGGAAAAUCGCAGGGAACUUCACUACCCGUGACGGAAAAGACGCGAAAUAAGCCAUACAGGCCACGUACUGAAGAACCUAUUAUUUGUCUGGACGGCGCUUGUGAUGAGAUGUCCCGGGGCAAUGAGCUGAAGGUCGCAAAACGUCCAAAUGCCACAUAUUAUCUCGCGACGCUAAGGUUACCGAAAGCAACGUUCCAUACAGUCAGAAAGUAUAGUGGUAUUGGUCCAGAUGUCGAUGGGAUUGCUGAGGAAAUGGCAGCAACUGAAAAACACAUCAAAUGGGGAAGUACUGUCUAA